AUGAAUCGAAUCAGUUUUCAUUACACUACUACUAGGUUAAAGAAACGUGAUAAAAAGCCUGUUUGUAACAAAAAUGGUGAAGCGAAAUGUCAAGAUGAACGUGAUUUGGGUUAUAUGUCCAUGAUGUUUCCGUUUUCACCACCCGGUGAAAAUAAUAUGCCAUCUGUGGAGGAAAUCAGUGAUUAUGGUGAUGAACGAAAACAUUGGCUUAAACAAGUGAAACGCAAAAGAGGUUUAAUGAUUCCCGAAGACGAAUCUCCAUUCAAAAAACAUAAACGUCGACAUGCUGAACACAAAUUUACUUUUGUCUUAACGGUUAAUCCUGUAAUCAAAUCAAAUAUUUCAUUGGCCGGACCACCCACCAACUAGACACAACAGACGCGUUCGCGUUGUUAAGAGGGCAGCUCCUUACCAUAUACCUAAAAAACGCCGUAUAGAGUUAUAAAUGCUAAUUAAAUAUUUUUACAGCUGUUGCUUUUAAUUUUUCU